UAGCCGGUCACUCCCUUUUCGUCCGCUACGCUGUCUCCCCACCAACCUUAACCGGUUCUUCCGGUCACUCCAUCCACUCCACUUCUCUCGCUCGCUCUCGCUAGGUUUCUCCGAUCCUCUACUUUCUUUGCCUUCCUUCCUCUCUGUUCCUCUCGCAGAGAUCGCCGAUCGUCGAGGCACUAAUUCCGACAAUGAAAGCUGCCAAGGGUAAGGCGGCUGCAAACAAGGCCUCAAAGGAGGCGCUGAAGGUCGCUGAUGACAGGAAGAUUGGUAAGAGGAAGGCUGCCGCUAAGGCAAGCAAGAGUAGCAAAAGACAAGCAAAGGGCAAGAAAGAUCCAAACAAGCCUAAAAGGCCUCCCAGUGCCUUCUUUGUUUUCCUUGAGGAGUUUAGAAAGACCUUCAAGAAGGAACACCCUAAUGUGAAAGCAGUCUCGGCUGUUGGUAAAGCUGGUGGGGAGAGGUGGAAAUCCAUGUCUCCAGCAGAAAAAGAACCAUAUGAAGCCAAAGCUGCCAAAAGGAAGUCCGAGUAUGAGAAGCAAAUGAACGCUUAUAACAAGAAGCAGGAAAGCACGGCUGAUGAAGUUGAUGAGGAAUCUGAUAGGUCUAAGUCUGAAGUUAAUGAUGAAGAUGAAGAAAGUGAGCAGGAAGAAGAGGAAGAAGAGGAGGAUGAAGAUGAUGACUAAAACUGGAUGUUUCUCUACUUCGAGACGUCUCUCGGAUGUUUUGGCUGAUCCAGGGAACAUGUAAUUGAUGUUUGAUGUUGUUACUAUUAGGUUAUAUGUGAUGGUUUCAUGGGAUGAUGGUUGAACAAUGGAUAUGUGCUUUUUGUGAUACUGUAUUAUCAGGAUGGGUUACUUUUUUUCAUGUAUGGUCAGCAUGAGCGUGUUUAUUAACUCCUGAAGUUCUCCUAGAGCACUUCUCAGUCUUAUGGAGUGUCCUAAGAUUAUUAGUUCCGACAUUUUCUCAAGUAAAUGAAUGUGUAAAUAUAAUUAAGAUGAUAGAUAACUAUCGGUUUUGCUUUUAUCUGGA